AUGAAUACACUUUGUGAAAGUGGCGAUUUGGAUGCAAAGAGUGCGACGGCUCUUUGGGUAGCAAUGCUGGCCCGCCAGAAUCAGCAACUUCCAACAACAAGUGGUAAGCGUGUUGUAGUUAUGGACUCGUAUUAUACGCGGCAUUCUUUUGCGAAGCACAUCCUGCAGAUAACGUCGGGCGAAAUUCGUGUGGUUGUUGAAUCUGCUGUCGUUGCUUUGGAUGGUGCCGACCACGGGUCUUGGAAAUUGGUUGCAGCUAUUGAGCCCGUGGACAACGUGAAGGAAGCUGAAAAGGCACACAAGCAGAAUCAAAAGCACUUGAAGAAGUCUGAAAAGACCCCAUUUGUACCGCAGCUGCAACGUUCGCCACACGCAGGAUACAUCGUUUUUCGUGACAAGAGAGUUGUGCUAUUUUACACGAACGACUUAGCCGUCACCCCAUUAGAGGAUAUUCUGGAUGGUAGCGCGCCAGAGGCCCAGGCAUGCUGUCGUGGUAUCAGCUUCGUGCAGCGAUGGACGGGAACAAAGGUAUUUCGACGGUCUAAUGUCCGUGCUCCGACUCACGUCGCUAUCUACAACAAGUUCAUGAACGAUGUUGAUAGAUUUGACCAGAUGCGUAGCACCAACCCAACGCGACGUCGGGGAAAACGCUUACAUAUGAGCAUAUUCACCUGGCUGCUCGAUUUAGCAAUUCACAACGCCUUCACGCUUUCCCAAACGUUUUCGGAUGGCAAUGGGACUGGGAAGAGUAUACGGUCUGCAAAAGAGGAAAUUGUUGCUGCACUCGUGUCUGCUUAG